UGACUUGACCCGUCACGUGCCAACAUGGCUGCUGGUGUUUCCGAAGAAGAUUUCUCCAACCUGCAGCUUCUUCUAAAGGCUCCGUCUAAAGAUGCAGUGAGAGACGUUUGUGUUCAGAGUCACAAAGACGGUUCGAAUCAUCGUCUGAUUGAAAACACCGCAGCUACAUUCAGCAUCUCUGCAGCUGAGGCAACUCGGCUGAUCCAGUCCCUUCACGUUCUGUCACAUCACGUCCUGUACCAGAACCUGACGUCCCCUGAGCAGAUCCUGGCCGUCUUCCCAGAGUCCUUCCACUCCAGUCUGAAGAACCUAAUCACCAAGAUCCUGCUGAAGAACGGUCCAACAUGGAGGACAGAGGCUCUCAGUAAUCAAAUCUCCCUCCCUCAGCUGAAGGACCUGGACUGGAGAGUUGACCUGGUGUCCGGCUCAGACUCACUCAGUCGUAUGGCGGUGCCGACCUGCUUGGUUCAACUGAAGCUGGAGGAUCCGUGUCCACCAGCAGGAGAGGACACUGUUUCUACAGUGACGGUGGAGCUGAGCAGAGAGUCUCUGGACACGAUGCUGGACGGACUGGGACGGAUCAGAGACCAACUGUCUGUGGUGGCUGGGAAGUGAGACGGGUCUGUCUGCAGACUUCAACAAACAGAUUGUUCUGAUCUUUGACAACAAAAAAACAUUAAAAACAGUGAAAAGAACCAUAACCUGCAGCUGUUUUUGUAUUUUUACUGUAAUUUUUUUUUCAUUUGGCUGCAGUGCAUCAUGAAAAAGUUUCUGGUAACCUAUUAAAAACAUAUAUUGUAAUUAUUUUGACAUUUUGUUUG